AUGGGAAUGGCCGCCGUUAGGCCUGUCAGAAUGCGAAAAGAGGGUCGCAAAGGAGAGAGCGAAAGCGAAGAGAAGGCUAGCGAUCCUCUCCCAAUUGUGUCUCAUCUUGGCGUGCAGUUGGACCCAUCCAACCAUACGAUGUUCGGCAGGACUCGGUUCGCGCUGCCCGUUGCCCCGACCAAUCCUUUCACUGAAGUGGGUCCUUUUUUCCUCUUCUGA